GCGCGGCGGAAGGCUGUGAGUGUAACACAGUUCCCCAGCUGUGCGCGGCCCAUGUGGAUCUGGCAGACCCGGGCGAAACAGCGGCUUAGAAAUACCCGAAUCGAGCCGAUCUUUCACGCUAAUGCGAGCUCUUUAGGUCGUCCCCGUGUGUGAACUAGUGAAGAUGCUGAAGGAGGCGUCAGACGGGCAGCUUACAGCGCUUUAUAACGCGGUCGCCGCCUCAGAGCAGGUUCAGGUUGAGCCGGUGGGUCGCUGGUUCGAGGCGUUUCUGAAGCGCAGGAGUCGAAAUGUGUCGGCCUCGUUUCAAGAGCUGGAGGAAGAGGAGGAGCUGUCUGAGGAAGAGGAGGACGAGGAGCUGCAGCUGGAGGAGUAUCCCAUGCUAAAGACACUGGACCCCAAAGACUGGAAGAACCAAGAUCACUACGCUGUUUUAGGUCUCGCACACGUCAGGUACAAAGCAACCCAGAAACAGAUCAAAGCUGCUCGUAAGUUUGAGUUUGGAAAUCAUUGUAUAAUGCUUCGUGAUGAGAGGAGGUGGAUUGAGAAACAGAACCGAGCCUCUCGAGCUCAGAGGAAGAAGGAGGAGAUGAACAGGAUACGGACGCUCGUUGUGUAUAUGGAUAUUUCUGCAUAUGUUGUCUGUAAGCGACUCUCUCUCGUUGCUGUAUGUGUGCAGGCGCGUCAGGCGGAGGAGGAGGCGGCGCGGAUGCGGAGGGAGAAGGAGGAGGAGGCGGUGCGACAGGCGGCACAGCAGGCCAAGAAAGAGAAAGAAGCCCAGAAGAAAGCCAUCAAGAAAGAGCGGCAGAAGCUCAGGACGACCUGCAAGACUCACAGCUACUUCACAGACAAUGAAGCCGACGGCGUCAGGAUGAUGGAGGAGGUGGAGAAACUCUGCGACCGCUUGGAGCUGACCAGUUUGCAGACGCUGAAUGAAGCUUUGGCCUCUGGGAGUAAAGAACAGAGUAAAGCGGCUCUGGAGAAUCAGGUGCAGGAGGUGAAGGAUCAGAUGCAGAAGGAGAAGGAGGCGGAGAUGCAGGCGCAGCAGGCGGCGCGUGGGGCUGAACACACCAGCGCAGGAGGAGGAGGAGGAGGAGGAGGAGCCAAUAACAGAGGCUGGAAUGAGGAAGACCUGCAGCUGCUCAUCAAAGCCGUCAACCUGUUUCCCGCCGGAACCAACGCCAGGUGGGAGGUGAUCGCCAACUACAUGAACCAGCACUCCAGCAGCGGCGUGAAGAGAACCGCCAAAGACGUCAUCAAUAAAGCAAAAACACUGCAGAAGCUGGAUCCUCACCAGAAAGAUGAGAUUAACCGAAAGGCCUUUGAGAAGUUCAAGAAGGAGCAUUCAGUUGUUCCUCAGACUGUAGACAACGCUGUGCCAUCAGAGAGGUUUGAUGCUGUAGGCGCUGAAUCCAACUCCUCCCCCUGGACCACAGAGGAGCAGAAGCUUCUGGAGCAGGCGCUGAAGACGUACCCGGUGAACACGGCGGAGCGCUGGGAGAAGAUCUCUGACGCCGUGCCCGGACGCUCCAAGAAAGACUGCAUGAAGAGAUACAAGGAGCUGGUGGAGAUGAUAAAGGCUAAGAAAGCCGCCCAGGAGCAGGUCACUGCUAAAAACAAGAAAUGACAAAAGUGCUGCAG